ACCCCAAUUUUAGUUUCUUGCUCAGGAGGAAAAGGAAAAAGCAACUCCCUUCGUUUAUAUUCUUCUGCAGGCGAUCCAAUCCCAGGUUAUUCGGGACAAUUUCUUCCAUUUCCAAUCCUGUUACUGAUUUUGUUCACUCCCUUUGUUCGCAUUCUUCAUUUUCCUCCUGCUCGAUCUUCCCCUCUCAUUCGAGGGCUUUGAUUCUUUUAGUCUUCUUCUCUGCACAAUGGCGCGUGACCCAAAUGGCUCUGCUGGCGGCGGUGCCAGUAACAGCUCCCAGCGCGAGGAGGCCACUUUGAAAGUCCCAUCGAAGGACCCGAAGAAGAAGGACGAUAAGAAGGAGGAGGAUCUGUCGGAAGAGGAUCUGGCUUUGAAGCAACAGUUGGAGCUGUACGUGGAGAGAGUUCAGGACCCCGAUCCUGGGUUGCAGAAAGUUGCACUUGAGAGUAUGAGGCAGGAAAUUCGAACCUCCACAAGCUCCAUGACUUCUGUUCCAAAGCCUCUAAAAUUCCUUCGCCCACAUUAUGGAACUUUGAAAGCUUAUUAUGAAACAAUGGCAGACUCGGAUUUAAAGAAAUACAUGGCGGACAUACUAUCAGUAUUAGCACUGACAAUGUCUGCAGAGGGAGAACGGGAAAGCCUUAAAUACAGAUUAUUAGGUUCAGAAGGUGAUAUUGGUUCAUGGGGCCAUGAGUAUGUAAGGAACUUGGCUGGAGAGAUUGCUCAGGAAUACACCAAGCGGCAGGGUGAAGAGGCUCCCAUUGAUGAUCUGAUGGAACUUGUUCAAGAAAUUGUUGCUUUUCACAUGAAACACAAUGCCGAACCUGAAGCUGUUGAUCUCUUAAUGGAGGUUGAAGAUCUUGAUCUGUUAGUAGAGCAUGUUGACAAUACAAAUUUCAAAAGGACCUGUAUCUAUCUUACUAGUUCAGCCAAAUAUCUUCCUGGACCUGAUGACAUGCUAGCUUUGGACAUUGCAUACAUGAUAUAUCUAAAAUUUGAAGAGUAUACCAAUGCACUUCAGAUUGCAUUGUUCCUUGAUAACUUGCAGUAUGUCAGACAGAUCUAUCAAGCCUGUGAUGAUAUGCAGCGUAAAAAGCAGUUUUCGUACAUACUCGCUCGACAGGGUACUAGUUUUGAGCUUGAUGACGACAUGUGUGCAGAUGACGACGAGAGAGAGGCAAUGCAGGAAAUCAUCAAUAAUGCCAAAAUAAGUGAAGGUUAUCUCACCCUUGCUCGUGACAUUGAGGUCAUGGAGCCUAAAUCUCCAGAAGACAUCUAUAAGGCACAUUUGCUUGAUGGCAGGGCUAGUGCUGGUGCAAGUGUUGAUUCUGCUAGACAAAACUUGGCUGCUACCUUCGUUAAUGCUUUUGUGAAUGCUGGCUUUGGUCAGGAUAAGUUAAUGACAGUUACACCAGAUUCAUCCAGUGGCGCUUCUUCAGGAAAUUGGUUAUUUAAGAAUAAAGAACAUGGGAAGAUGACUGCUGCAGCAAGUUUGGGUAUGAUUUUGCUUUGGGAUGUGGAUGCUGGACUUUCUCAAAUUGACAAAUUUUUGCACAGCAAUGAUAACCAUGUUGUUGCUGGAGCAUUGUUGGGAGUUGGUAUUGUCAAUUGUGCUAUCAAGAAUGAUUGUGAUCCUGCAUUAGCACUUUUAAUAGAAUACGUUGACAAAGAAGAUGCAUCCACCCGUAUAGGUGCAAUAAUGGGGUUGGGCAUUACGUAUGCAGGAACUCAAAAUGAGCAGCUGCGGCUAAAACUGACCCCUAUAUUAAAUGAUUCAAGAGCUUCACUUGAUGUGAUUGCAUUCUCUUCACUCUCAUUGGGUUUAAUAUUUCUUGGCUCCUGCAAUGAGGAGGUUGCCCAAGCAAUUAUAUUUGCAUUAAUGGAUCGAAGUGAGUCUGAAUUGGGAGAUGCUCUAGGUCGCCUUCUACCACUUAGCCUUGGUCUUCUAUACCUUGGAAAGCAGGAAAGUGUGGAGGCCACAGCUGAGGUUUCCAAGACAUUUAACGAGAAAAUCAGAAAAUACUGCGACAUGACAUUGCUCUCCUGUGCAUAUGCUGGAACUGGGAAUGUACUUAAGGUUCAAAACCUUCUUGGUCAUUGUUCUCAACAUCUUGAGAAGGGUGAAACUCACCAAGGAGCUGCUGUUCUUGGAAUUGCAAUGGUGGCAAUGGCUGAAGAACUGGGUUUGGAGAUGGCAAUUCGUUCAUUAGAGCAUCUUUUGCAGUAUGGGGAGCAAAAUAUUCGUCGUGCUGUUCCCUUGGCUCUUGGUCUCCUUUGCAUUUCAAACCCCAAGGUUAAUGUUAUGGACACGUUAAGCAGACUCAGCCAUGAUACAGAUUCUGAAGUAGCAAUGGCAGCAGUGAUCUCCUUAGGUUUGAUUGGUGCUGGAACCAAUAAUGCAAGAAUAGCUGGCAUGCUUCGAAAUCUUUCGAGUUAUUACUACAAAGAUGCGAGCCUUCUUUUUUGUGUCAGGAUUGCCCAAGGGCUUGUACAUUUGGGGAAGGGCCUGUUAACUCUUAACCCCUAUCAUUCUGACCGAUUCUUAUUAGCACCGACCGCGCUUGCAGGAUUAAUAAUCGUGUUGCAUGCAUGUCUUGACAUGAAAGCCAUUAUCCUGGGGAAAUAUCAUUAUGUGCUCUACUACCUUGUUUUGGCAAUGCAGCCGAGAAUGCUGUUGACUGUGGAUGAGAAUCUCAAGCCUCUUUCGGUACCUGUUCGGGUGGGUCAGGCUGUUGAUGUCGUUGGACAGGCUGGUCGUCCAAAGACGAUCACUGGUUUUCAGACUCACUCAACCCCAGUUCUUCUUGCUGCUGGUGACAGGGCAGAGCUGGCCACUGAGAAGUACAUCCCUCUUUCUCCAAUCCUAGAAGGAUUCGUCGUUUUACAGGAGAACCCAGAAUACAGAGAAGAACAGUAAUAGCAAGCCAUUGUAAGUAGGAACGGACAAAACACUGCUGCUUGAUAUAGUUCUAACCAGGAUGUUGGUGGACGUAAAAAGCAUGAUGCGGGAUGUGGUUCGAGUUUAGUUACGCUCGUCGUAAUGUCAUCCAACCAGUGCAUUUGUAGCUUUGAUGAACAGCCAUGAGUUCGAAAGAGGAAAUGUGCCUGAAUUGAUUGAGUUAAUAUUUCAUGGUUAAUACUUAGUUCCCCUCGACUUGGGAUCUUUUUGUAUUGAUUUUUAGAGAAUAGAAACUCUCUUCAUUUGCUUAGUUUAAUUUGAUGCAAUGACGAUAUCGAGUCACCUUUCGUUGUUUUGGGUUCUUGAACAUUCCAGUGUCCCGUGGAUUGUUUUGUCUAUGAUACAAAUUCCUCGUAAGGCGGAUGUUCAAAAUUA